AGGGCACAUUGGUAACACCAUGUUUUGCAGCUGCUUUCCACGGUAGCGUAAUAAAAAAUUUUAUAGCACGCCUUAGACUUGCCAGUGACACUCCCAACAUCAUCGUUCUGGCUUGUUUGCCUUUCGCGUUUUUAAAAAAAGCUUCACGCAUGUACAGUGCCUCUGUAUGUAUGUAUAUAUAAACACACACACACACCACAAGCCCCUUUUCCUACCAUUGCCGUCACUAGACGCGUGCCUUCGUCACAGCUGCUGACACAUAAUAGGGGCAAGCCGGUGGAGGGGCGUGCUAUUAAUAAACGGACAGGACUGAAGCCGCACCGCGUACGACUUUAGCUUCUCGUGUUGAUACGAGCCACAAACAGAAAUCUCCGUUUGCCCCAAAGCCAAACAAACUCCUUUCAGGCAAAUAAAUAGGCGUUGGGUAAUGGGCACGUUUCGUCCGCGCUUGUUACAGAGGGGCAAUAUUAAUGACUUGCGUGACUAAAAAGUAGGCUAUCAAUGUUUUGACACGGGUUUUUUUUUACUGAACAUAUGAUGAUGUUGUUUUGCCCAGAUGAGUGCUAACGCGGCUGCCCAGAUUGUUUUUGUUUGGUUUGCUGGAGCGUCAUUUAUUUAAUACAAAACGAAUAUGUAUGGAGAGGAAAUUUACUUUGGUGCUAUUGUUUCUGGACAGUCAAGUUUUCGCUUUAAUCCUAGCAAUGACGACUCGCUACAGGGCCUGCUGGAAAAGCUGCCCCAGCGGCCACCGCUGGCGCCACGCAAGCGCACGACCAGCCAGAGCAAAACUGAGCCGCCGCUGCUGCGCACCAGCAAGCGCACCAUCUAUACGGCCGGUCGGCCACCUUGGUACAACGAGCAGGGAGCGCAGUUCAAGGAGGCUUUUGUCAUAGGCCUCUGUGGUGGGAGUGCUUCUGGGAAGACCACUGUAGCCAAUAAAAUCAUAGAGGCCCUGGAUGUGCCAUGGGUCGCCCUGCUUUCCAUGGAUUCUUUCUACAAGAUUUUUAGCAAAGAGGAGCAGGAGAUGGCUGCAAAGAGUGAAUACAACUUUGACCACCCAGAUGCGUUUGACUUUGAACUCAUCAUCAGCACUCUCCGUAAGUUGAAGAAGGGAAAGAGUGUGAAGGUGCCCAUCUACGACUUCACCACGCACAGUCGGAGGAAAGAAUCGAAAACGGUGUACGGAGCAAAUGUAAUCAUAUUUGAAGGUAUCCUGUCAUUUGCAAACAAAGAGCUCCUGAAGCUGCUCGACAUGAAGGUGUUUGUGGACACCGAUUCGGACAUUCGUCUCGUACGGCGCCUGCGGAGGGACAUCACGGAGCGCGGGCGGGACAUCCACGGCGUCAUCAAGCAGUACAACAAGUUUGUGAAGCCGGCGUUCGAGCAGUACAUCGAGCCCACCAUGCAGCUGGCCGACAUCGUCGUGCCACGAGGUGGUGAGAAUAACGUUGCCCUUGAACUCAUCGUACAGCACGUUCACUGUCAGCUCGAGAAGAGGAAACUUCGCUGGGAUAUGGCAGCACUGGCGUCUGCCCACCAAGCGCAGCCUCUUCCAGAGACGCUCAACGUGCUGGAGAACUCGCCGCAAGUCCGCGGCAUGCACACCAUCAUCCGAAGCAAGGAUACAAGCCGAGACGAGUUUAUUUUCUACUCCAAGAGACUCAUGCGACUGUUAAUAGAGCACGCCUUGUCAUUUUUACCAUUUCGGGACAUGUCUGUGGAAACGUACCAACAAACAAUGUACGAAGGGCGCAAAUUUGAUGGAAAGCGAAUCACGGGGGUGUCAAUCCUGCGAGCCGGAGAGACCAUGGAGCCGGCGCUGCGAGCCGUGUGCAAGGACAUCCGACUCGGCAAGAUCCUCAUCCAAACCAACCACGCCACAGGCGAGCCCGAGCUGCACUACUUGAGGCUUCCCAAGGACAUCAGUGAAGACCACGUGAUGCUCAUGGAUUGUACAGUCUCCACGGGAGCUGCUGCAUUGAUGGCCAUCCGCGUUCUGCUGGAUCACGAUGUGUGUGAGGACAAGAUUUUCUUGGUGUCACUGCUGAUGGCGGAGAUGGGCGUACACUCGGUGGCCUACGCUUUCCCCAGCGUCAAAAUCAUCACCACGGCCGUGGACAAGAAAGUCAACGACAAGUUCCACAUCAUUCCCGGAAUAGGUAACUUUGGAGAUCGGUACUUUGGAACGGAUGCGCCGGCCGAUUGGUGUGGAUAUUACGAGGAUGAUGACGAGCAAGACUUCUAAAGGGAAAGAUGAAACAAGCACACUGCAUCAUCCAAGGCGUCGACUACAUCUCUGUUCCAAUUCAACCAUAACAUGUUUGUAUGUUUCGAUUUAAAGCUUUCGUGACUGCAGGGAUUCAUAUUCUUGGUUCUUUCGGUAAAGUCAUGUAGAAGGGAAAAAAAUGUAACAAUAAAAUUCUCAGCAAGAAGAAAAUUUUCUUGCCGUGGUUUUCACGCCUGAUGAUGAUUGCUUGUGUUGCAAUCGAAACGUCGUGAUAAUUGUAUUGUUUUAUUUGUAUUAUUUCCCUUCUACGUGACUUUACCGAAAGAACCAAGAAUAUGUUUGUAUGUAACAAAAACAGAACACACAAGCAACUGCGUGAAGGGGCUAUGAUUGCCACUGACAAGUACAAUGGAGGGUGUUUUAUGUAAUCCUAAAAACAACACGCAAGUCCAUUGUCAAGUCAAAUAGUUCACACUCAAACCUCUCACUGUUGAACACGAUGUAGCACCAUACCAUCUCAUCUCAUUACCCACUUCCCCUGUCAAGCUACAUCACAGUCCGUCAACAGCACUCUACUGCUGCCCAGUAUAUUGCUAUCGAGUUGCUUUCUUCCAUCCUCCAACUUGUGAUCUUUUCAAUCCAGGUAAAAAGGGGAUAUCUAGUUAAAAGAGUCUUGAGAAUAUACUAUGGAGUUCCCUUGGUCUGCUUUCUCAUUUGUCCUAAAAUAGGACCUGUUUUAAUUUGCGAUGAUGUCUGCUCAGCAUAUUCAGCAUAGCAUUGUAAAUAAUAUUUUUCUUCAUAGGGUGUAAUUUAUAAGCAUGCUGUUUGGUUAUAGUAUUUAUACAUUUUGCUGGUUUCAGAGGCUGUUCAUUUUACCUUCACUUAGCAUUGGUACGUGGUAUACUGUUGCAGCACUUUGCAUGUUUGUUUUGCUUUAAAACUGAAAUGUUGCUAUUGCUGGUGGAUUGGUUUGAGUAAUUUUCAAAACGACUAAGAUACAUUGUGCUCAAGUCAUGUAUUGCAUUUUUAAUUAAAAAAAGGUUUGGAAUA